AAUUUAAAUUUAUUUAGUUCAAGGUACCAACAUUCCUUUGGCAGUUUAUUAAAAAGUGCAAAUGUUCAUGCAAUAAUGGCUGACCUGGGCUUUCUUGAGCCUUACAAAAGAAACAAAUUGAACGUCAUAAUUUUGGGAAAAUACACAACGUAAUAUGUUCAGAAAAAAUACCCUUUUUGAUUACCACUGGGAUGUGGAUAAGUACAAGAACAACUUUGAUCCUGAACACUGGGAUCUCUGCAGAAGUUUCAUGGUGAUUCACCGCACCAAGUUCCCUGAACAGAAACUCGCGCACCUCACAGAAGCUUUCUACCAAAUUGGUGUUUACGGCAGCAGCUAUGAUCCCAAAACAACUCGUAUGGUCUCUGCACUGUCUGUCGAAGUGUUGGAUGACUUCCUAAAUUCACAUCCUGGGGCCAUGAGGCAUCCUUUUAGAAAAACGAUUGUCGCUUCAAAAGUGGCAGAUGAAACACUGGACGAGUCAUCCAAGAAGGACUCGGACAAGGCCAAAUCGGGUUCUAUUUGGGACGUAACCGUGGACAAGAGUAUCAUUGCGAAUGUUCUCGUCCAGUCGCAGAUGCAGUCACUGUUGAAGGGUUUCAUCAUCAUAUACGAUGUGACAAGAGAGAGCACCAUGAAUGACAGCAAGGUCGGCAUCUUGGAGGAGUCGUUCCGACGUUCCAAGUUCGGUCCCUGUCACUGGGACAAGGAUGAGACCCAUAACAACCUCUGUCCUAUUCGGUUGAGCCUGAAGUGGAAAGGCACUGUGUUGGCGGAGGGCGAGGGAUCAGAUGACAAGACUCUGCGUACCAGGCUAGCACAAGCCGUUCUCAGCAAACUCUCCACCUUCUCUCAUGGCAUUGAGACAAAAUGGAGCUACUAUCGAGAUGGAAGAAAGCCUGGUCUGUUUGAUCACAUGAAGCCUAGGAGAAGUGAAAUAUACAAGAGUAUACCAAGGUCACAGUUCAAGGCGAUGGAAGAAAUAACGAGUUAUAUCGACACGUUUGCCAACUCCGAUUCCUUCACUGAGAUAAUCUUUGCUAUGGACUUCAGCAACAAUGAGAAGGCUCAGUUAACAGAGUAUAUAACCAAGUCAUGGGGCACUAGACUCACUUACCGCACUGUGAACAAAGAAGGGGUGAAGAGCAAGUGUGAGACUCAUCUCUGUAUAUACCACAACCGGACGGGUGAGGAGCUCAAACGGUGGCCUGGACAAGUUUGGCGGUGAAAAUGAACGGUACAAGGCUCGUACCACCAGGAGAACAGUGAGUAGUGCAUACUUA